AUAUUGAAAUGGAUAAUUGGAUAUUUCAUAUUUUGUUACCGUUCUUCAGUUAAUCAAUAUUUUGCUGCGAAAAUGAGUUAAUUUGUAUUCGGUUACUAAAAUCUUGAAUUUUUAUUUGCUUUCCAUUCAUAUAAACUAAUAUUCAAUGUACAAUCUUGAGUAAAUUUUACAAAAUGAGAAUGUAUGUCGGGAUUCAGAUUUUCGUGUUCAUUUCCGCUCUGUGCUUAGAUUUCGUGUUGUUACUGAAUAACGGCUUGGCCCGGACACCUCCCAUGGGCUGGAUGUCGUGGGGGUACUACCAGUGCGCCGACGACUGUGACAAAACCCCCGAUAAAUGUCUCAAUGAACAACUCAUCAUGUCUGUAGCGGAUGCAUUAUUCAAUGACGGCUACCUGGAGGCCGGGUAUGAGUAUGUUGUGAUUGAUGACUGCUGGUCGGAGAGGCUGCGGGACAGGAAUGACCGUUUGGUGCCGGAUCGAAAAAGAUUCCCGAGGGGUAUGAAGUUCUUAGCGGACUAUGUCCACAAGCUGGGUCUGAAAUUCGGCAUGUACACAAACGUGGGCAAGGACACAUGCAUGCACUACCCGGGCUCACGGGAUCACUUCGAGAGUGACGCUCAGCAAUUUGCAGAGUGGGACGUGGACUACCUCAAAGUUGAUGGCUGCUUUGUGGAAAACGAGUAUCUUGAUACUGCAUACAUAAAGCUUGGUCACCAUUUGAAUAAGACUGGCAGACCCAUGGUAUUCUCCUGCAGUUGGCCUUAUUAUAAGGAGUAUAUUCAUAAGACUGAGUUCAGCUACGCGCCAAUCGCGAAACACUGUAACAUGUGGCGUAACUUCCACGACAUCUUCAUCAACUUCGGUAAUGUCGUGUGGAUCAUAGAGAACUACGAGAAGAACAACAAGCUGUACAGGCAGUUCCACAAGCCGGGCCAGUGGAACGAUCCUGACAUGAUAAUUCUAGGAAACAAUGGCCUAACCGAGAGCCAAAGCCGCAUCCAAAUGGGCUUGUGGUCGAUGUGGUCCGCGCCGCUCCUGCUCAGCUGCGACAUGAGGAACAUCAAGCCCUUCGAGAAACAACUGCUUCAGAACAUGGACCUGCUGGCCAUAGCCCAGGACCCUCGGGGGAAGAUGGCUGCAGCCUUUAAGAUUCGAGAGAAAGUUACAUUGUGGGUGAAGCGCCACCUACCGAUGAAAGGGGACAUCUAUUCUUCCUAUUCUUUCGCACUUGUCAAUUUGAGGGGAGACAAUCAAUAUGUCUCUUUCAAGCCUGCGGACUAUGGGUUGGAAGCGACUGAUGUGUAUACAAUUAUGGAUGUAUUCACGGGCGUUUUCUUAAGAAAUGUGACGAGACAGGAGGUCCUAAACAUUUCGGUUCCGUCUGAAGAUAUUAUUCUUUACACGUUCUAUCCCUUGUGAAGGUGAGCCGUAGUAAACCAAGCUAAAGGCUUGGUGGUAGUGACACUAGUGACAGCUAACACUAUACGCGCGCGUCGCGCCGAAUGAUGGUCCCUAUGACAGUUCCUUCAAGUUUCUAUAACUGAUUUGCAAGACCGAAGUAAUCCCAUAAGCUUCGAGCAACACGGAAGGGAGGCGGCAUUCGCACUAUUUCCCCUCUGCCUAGGUACAAGAUCAACUGAUCUAGCGCGGGUAAUAAAACUAGUUGCACUCGGAUUUUUCACUAGACCGAGUCCGCGCGCGUGAACACAGCAGCAGAAAAAAUGCCUAAUUGCUCGGUUUGUUGUCGUAAAAAGAGGUCGGGGACAUCAAAUUUACAAGAAGAAGGUGUUACAUUUCACAUGUAAUAUUUUUUUUACAUAUCAUACGUUUAAUUACAUUUAAACACAAUUAUUAUAUUUGAGUCUCAAGUAAUUGUUGGAUUUAUUGAUUUUGCUCGCCCAGUACAAAUUGCGGAUCGGUCGAGCGACAAAUCCGACUUCUCAUCUGUCAGAAUACAAUAAAAUUCUUAGACGAAAAUUUGUUAGUGUGCGUGUUGUGACACUUGUGACUCGUUCGUACACAAAAAGAGAUCGAGGUUUGCAAGGUUUGUCUUUGACGUGUGUCAUUUUCUAUGUAUUUGUGUCGUCAUUACAGAUUGGAUUUUGUAUGUAAGUGUGUGAGAAGUGCGACUGUGUGUACCUUUCCCCCCGCAAAAAAUGACAGAAAGAUUUGUACGGUAAGAUAUCGCUUGGGCCCCUCCCUUCCGAUGUGUCGGAAGCCGGUGUUGCUCGAAGCCCAUAAGUGUUCCGUGAACAAAGUUUUGCACGGAACACUAAAAAUAUUUGAAGAAAUAUGUUUUUACCGUAUUUUUGUUACUUAAACGUUAUAUUUCUAAAUAAAUUAAUAUACUUCCAAAUAAUGUCUACAACAUUUUAUGUGACGGUUAGUCCAUAUAAAAUAGUACUCUCAUAGGGACCAUCAUACGAUGCGAAAGGUAUGGUGUCCAAGCUGUCUUCAGUUAAUUUCUGAAAUAUGGGCCUCUAGCUCGGUCACAUUUUUCUAGUAGACUGAAAUACACUUCGUAAUUGUAAAAUUUUCACAUUAUUAUUUAUUAUUAGGUACGUAAACAUGUUUAUCGCUUAACUUUAUCGGGUUGCAUACCCAUAUAAUGUCCGUCCAAAAUUAAAUUAUAUAUUGUAACUCUAUUUUAGGUUAAGUUUGUUUUUCAUUUGAGAAGUCACAAAAACCUUUACUUUUGCAAAGGUAUAAUUAGUUUUAUUUUUAUUUAACAUACCUGCUCGUGCAAUUUAUUUGGUUUGUUAAAAUGUUAUAAAAUAUGUUAUUUAUUUAUUACAACGUGCGUUAAACGCAGGUAUGUACUAAAAAAU